AGUAGCUCCUGGAGCUCGAGUGUCAAGGUUUAAAAGGAAGUGAGUCUCAGACCGGAGCUCAGCUUGCAGCUGCCUCUGAACGAGAGCAAGGAAUCUUCAAAAAAAUGAGACAGCUUGUGGUGUUGGUAUGUUUGCUGGCAGGUUGCCUGGCAGAGAAACCUCACCCGGCAGAAAAACCUCACCCGUGUGCAAGUCCUCCACUUCUCUCUGGAGCCUUGACUGUGGCUACACAGAGUGAAAAGCUGUGGACUUACACUCGGUACCUUUAUGAUGCAAUGGGACAGCGAGUACGGCUCUUUGAGAUGGGGACGUAUGAGAAUAAGUCCUUCACCUUCGACGUGCUGCUGCUCUUCAGAGAGGGUGCCAUGUAUGAGAUUUCUUAUCAUAACCACACAUGCAAGAAGAUGCCUCUGAAAGCAGACUUCCAGCCUCUGGCCAUUCCGAAGGAUGCAAACCUGCUGGGUCAGGCUGUUCUGGGCAGCUCGUCUGCACCUGGAGCAGGACUCCUGGUCAACACCUGGAUGGGAGAUCUGCCAGACAAAUCAGGAAAGUACAUAAGCACAGUCACUGAAUUUGGAUGCAUUCCUGUCAGCACAAGCUAUCAAACUAAGGAAUUGGGAUGGGUGGUAAUAAGUUACUUCAACAACGUGAUUGGGCUUGAAGACCCUGCUCUGCUCAACCCUCCAGACUUCUGUGCAGAUGCAGAGACAAAGAGCGGAGAAGAGCCAAAAGACUUCCACAGCCUGUUUCUUUAAAAGAACUAAAGAUCAUUUCCAAGUUUCUCAAAAUCUGUUUUAUCAAUCACUUCACCAUAUCGAUCAUUUCAAUUAGAUUUUUAAAAUCAGCAUCUCUUAGAUUUUUUUUUUACAUUUUUUUACAUUUCAUAUUGAAAAAACUUGAUGAUUUCAUCCUUUUUCUCAUGAAAGCACAAUAAAAGAAUUUGUUCAAAUCCAAA